AUGACGAACAGUCACAGCGUAGUUCCCGUCGCCCUCCAGGAUAUCGGGUGGAGGAAAGCGAAUACCGGAGAAAGUGAUCCUAGAAAGCACAUUGGGAGCAGUCUGGUCGAGUUCAGAAGCAGCCGCCCCGCGAUCACAGGAGAAGCAUCUCGGCUCUUUGAAAGCCCUUUCCUCAGAAUGAGACUCUCUCCUGCUAUCCGUUCUGCGCUUGCGACUCUCGCCCCUGUGACUUGUCUCCUCGUGACGAACUAG